AUGGUCAUCGCUGGUGAUUUCAACGCGAAGAUUGGCCCUAGAAGAACGGCUGAAGAGCUUCACAUCGGGACUCGCGGAAUGGAAUGGAAUGAGCAGCGUGGAAGGCUGUCCGAGUUCAUCAUGUCGACCCGCACCAUCCAUAGUAACUCGCAGUUCCAGAAGCCCUCUCAUUUGCAACGGACAUGGGGGUCACCUGGUGGACAAUUCCAUAAUGAAAUAGACCACAUCAUUUUCAAUUAG